AUGCAUUAUAUAGCGUUGUUUUCUUUGCUGUUUACGUUCUGUGUGUUAAUCACUGGAGAGAAAACGAAGAAAAAACACGAACAACAUGAUGCAAAAAAUCAGAAAGACAGCAGGAAACCAAAAUGUGAAGACGAAAAAUCGGAAUGUGCCCAUCGUGCCCAACAAGGCGACUGUCUGCGUUUGCCUCACUACAUGAUGCAGCAUUGCAAACCAAGUUGCCUAUUGUGUGAUAAAGAUGAUGAAAACACGAAAUUUGAUGAACGCACAAAGUGUCCGGAUUGGGGCAGAAAUGGUUACUGUAAAGCAGAUAAAAAUGUGAAAGAGAAAUGUCAAUACAGUUGUGGUAUCUUCAGAGAUGUUGAGCCACAACAAAAAAACAAACAUUUGGGUUCUUCGUUAAGAGACAGCAAAAAGCCAAAAUGCGAAGACAAACAAUCGGAAUGUGCCAAUUGGGCCCAUAAUGGCGACUGUCUCCGUUUACCUGACUUCAUGUCACGACAAUGCAAACCUAGUUGCCUAAUGUGUGAUGAAGAUGACGAGGACACGAAAUUUGAUGACGACACAAUGUGUCCUGAAUGGGGCAGAAUGGGGUACUGUCAAGUGAAUGACGAUGUGAAAAGAAAAUGUAAAUAUAGUUGUACUGUAUACAAAGAUGUUGAGCCCCAAAGCAGAUUGCCAUCCGCUCUCCCCAUAGGACCUCCGUCACCAUACCCUUAUCCAUAUCCGUCACCAUAUCCGUCACCAAUGCCGUCACCAAUGCCGUCACCGAUGCCGUCACCAAUGCCGUCACCAAUGCCUGCACCGGCACCGGCACCGGCACCGGCACCGGCACCGGCACCACAACCUGAACCGGAGCCAGAAGAAGAACCGGAAGUCAACCGCCAUCACAAAGACAAGAAACAAAAUGGAAAGAAAAAAGAGCAGUUGAAGAAAACUUCACAGAAGGAGAACUUUAACAAGUAAACCAAGAACAAUGUAAACAAAAAAAAUGAAUAGAAUAGGAUGAAUUCAUUCAGCAUAAAACUAGAAAUAUAAUAAGUGUUUGGAUGUAGAACUGAAAA